AUGUGGUAUCCAGCGAUCCUUCUUGUUGCAGCGAGUCAACUCGUUUCUGGCAUCUGCGAGUGUGGAUAUUCAAUUGUAGAUCUUGACAACCAGCAACCCAUCUUCUUCACAGACUACCUGGAGACCGACUUCACUCGCCUCCCUACCAUCUCACAGAACAACGAUUGGGUACGGCAACAGUUUACUGUCUCUGCUGAGGAUGGCCGAGGCGAUUACGGCAAGGCUUUCAAGCCCGAGAAUAUUCGAACUCGCAUAACAGAAAUGAAAGGUCGACAGGACGAAGAAGCUGGCCUCCACCUCCUUGUGGGUAGUGUCAUCGAUGACCAUGGCGCCAUCUCGGGGAGUGAACUGGACACCGAGAGACAGGACCUUCACUGGGGCUCAUUCCGGGCCGGUAUGAAGUUGACACCGACCAACGGAACAUGUGCUGCGUUCUUCUGGUAUUUCAACGACACCCAGGAGAUUGACACCGAGUUCCUUUCAAGGGAGUUUGACCAUGACAAGGGCAUCUAUCCCGUCAACCUAGUAGUGCAUUCGACGCAGUCGUUACAGGCUGGGUAUGAUGCUAGUAAAACUGGAACUUACAAGAGAGUCAACUUGGAUUUCGACCCAACGGAUGCCUUUCACGAGUACCGAUUUGACUACACACCAGACCGGGUUCUGUUCUACGCCGACAGCAAACUUCUCGCUCGAAUGGAGGGGGGAAAUAUGCCAUCGGCUGGUGGUCAUCUCAUUCUUCAGCAUUGGAGCAAUGGCAAUCAAUGGUGGUCAGGGGGACCGCCAACCGAGGACGCAACAGUCACCGUCAGUUAUGUCAAGGCCUACUUUAACUCAUCAGAACCCGAACACCAGGAGGGUUCGAGACAAAAAUGUUCGGGAUUAAAAACAAAAGGCUCGACAGUAUGCGCAGUUCCUGAUGUGACGGAGCGGAAUGCUUCGUCUGGUGGGCGCUUCUUUAUUGACGACGAGACCUCAGAAAAGAAGGAUAGGCAAGAUGAAAACAAUGCUACGAGCCACGGAAGUCGAGGAGCUACAAUUGAAAGAGAUAUUGUGCUGGCUUCUGUAAGCAUCUGUACUCUUUUCUCUCUGAAAGCCGGUUGGCAUCUGCUGCCGCAGGAGCUGAACGGCUCGGUGUCCAACAAAACUGGGCCUAGACCAGGGCAGACAGCUGGACAGGGCCGGGAAAGGAGGGGUUUCCAGAAGUUGGAUAGCAGUUCGCCUACCAUGCCCUCUCCGGAAUUUUUAGACAUUGUUCUUGAGAACCAAACCGACUCACCGGAACUCUUUGCACAUAUCACGGGCCGAAAUGACAAAGGCGUCGCUGUGCUCCUCGCCGACGGUCAGACGUUGCACCAGCCGGCGUCACCCUCCGAGAUCCUGCAGCCCGUCGGAGCGGACCAUGGGAUCCCGAUCGGCGGGCCCGGGUCGCGGCGCAAGAUCCGGAUCCCGCGCAUGUAUGGGGCCCGGAUCUGGUUCUGCAAAGGCAAACCGCUUACAUUCCUGCUCAACCCGGGGCCGGCUAUAGUGGAGCCGUCGGUGAUGAACCCGACCGAUCCCAACUUUGAUGCCGACUGGGGUUUCUGCGAGUUUACCUUCAAUGAUUUCCAGUUGUUCGUCAAUGUGUCAUAUGUAGAUUUUGUGAGCCUCCCGAUCGCGCUGAAGCUCGAGAACGAGGCCGGAAAGGUCACACAAAUCCCAGGCAUGCCUAAGAAGGGCCUUGAAGAUGUGUGCGCCGGCCUGCAGCGUCAGGCCACAAAGGACGGCGCGGGCUGGGAGAAGCUCAUCGUCAAGUCAAAGGCUGGGAAGAACAUACGAGCCUUGAGCCCCAACGCAGGGAAGGAGCUUCACCCGGGUCUGCUGGAGGGCUACUUUGCUCCCUCGGUGGACGCAGCAUGGGCCCGGUACGAAAAGGAAGAUCUGGUGAUCAACACACAGUUCGACUGGGGAGACGUCAAGGGUCGUGUGCGUGACGGCAAGCUGGUGUUUAGCAAUGUGGGCAAGGACAAGUUGACCUUUUCCUUCUCCAAGCCGUCAACGCGGGACAUUCUGUCGUGCAGCACGGGGCCGUUUGCCGCCGGGGAGGGAGUGUCGGCGGCGCAGCUCAACGUCGGGGCCCGGCUCGCGGCGGCACUCAACCGGGGGACGCUGGCCCGCAACGGCCGGCAGCCGGAGGGAGAGCGGGUGGAGGCUUACUACGCAGACGAGAGUGUAAGGUCAAACCACUACUCUCGAGUUUGUCAUGAGGUGACCAUUGAGGGGAGGGGAUAUGCGUUUCCUUAUGACGAUGUUGGUGCGACCGAUGGAGUUGAUCAGUCUGGAUUCUUGAAUGACGAGAGGCCCAAGGUGUUGACAAUCACUGUUGGAGGACCAAAGUGA